CACUUCCGAUGUAAAAGAUCACAAAGAAAGCUUUACCCAUGAUGCAUUUCUCUGCCAACGUAUGCAAACAGGAACACGGCUACCGGCUUUUAACAUCGGCGGUAUUUUAAUUACUCUUUUGUGGAGCCGAUAGUCUCUGACAGCCCGACAUCUGCAGCUCCGCGGCGACAGAAGAAAAUCCUCCGGGGAGUUUAUCAGCGGAGCCAACAGAGUCUGAAAGCGGCGUCCUUGUUGUUCACCAGUCUGUCAGUGUGGGUGAUCAUGGCGAGUCCAAGGACCAGAAGAGUUCUGAAGGAAGUGAGAACACAGGAUGAAAAUAACUUGUGUUUUGAGUGCGGGGCUUUUAACCCUCAGUGGGUCAGUGUGACGUACGGGAUUUGGAUCUGCCUCGAGUGUUCUGGAAAGCACAGGGGCCUGGGGGUGCAUCUCAGCUUUGUGCGCUCGGUCACCAUGGACAAGUGGAAAGAUAUUGAGCUGGAGAAAAUGAAAGCGGGAGGAAAUGGAAAAUUUCGCCUGUUUCUUGAACUUCAAGAUGAUUAUGACCCCAACUGGACUUUACAGGAGAAAUACAACAGCAAAUCUGCGGCGCUGUUCAGAGACAAGGUAGCAACUUUAGCAGAAGGGAAGGAAUGGUCCAUGGAGACAUCUCCUGCUAAAAACUGGACUCCACCUCAGCCUAAGAUGGGCCUUUCAACCGCUCACCGUUCUGGAGGAUCUGGACAGAACCCAGUAAGUUCUGGUGACAAAGCUUUUGAGGACUGGUUAUCUGACGAUGUUAACUCUUACCAGAGUGGUGGAGGUUACAGUGGAAACCAAGACAAUCGUUACGUUGGUUUCGGCAACACGGUGACCCCAGAGAAGAAGGAUGAGGACUUCAUAAAUAAUGCUAUGACCUCUAUUUACUCAGGCUGGAGCAGUUUUACAGUCGGAGCUAGCAAAUUUGCUUCUAUUGCUAAAGAUAAUACAACAAAACUGGCAAACCAGGCAACUUUAAAGUUUAGGGGUUACAAAGCCCCUCCAGAACCGGCCACAGAGUUAGGACAGACUUUAAAUGAGAAUGUUAUCAAACCUACUCAAGAAAAGGUCAAAGAUGGCAAAUUGCUAGAUGAAAUGGCGGUCAGCAUCACAGGGCUGGCAAACAAGAUGCAGGGAGCGGGUUCAAAACUGACCAAUCUGCUGUCCGGAAAACCACAAGAUGGGUCUGGUGCAGAGAGCUACCAGAACAUGGAUGCCACUGAGGGGUAUCAAGGCAGCUCCGGGCAGCCCAUCUCCAGGGACUUCUGGGAAACGUUUGGCAGCAACAGCUCCUUAAAGGAAAAGAAAUCUCCCAGCAGUGACAGCUGGACCAUGGCAGAUAAUUCUGCAAAGAAGAGCUCUGACAGUUGGGACAAUUGGGGCUCUGAAGGAGCGUCUAACAACAAACACAGCACAGGAGAGAGCUGGGAAGCCUGGGACAACAACUGGGAGAAUGCAGAUGGCAAGACAAAGAAGAGUCCCUCAAAACCUGUGAAGGAGAGCUGGGAUGCUGCAGGCUGGUAGUGGCUUCACCAACAUAGUCUCUCCUUCAUUUUUCUCCUCCUCUGGCUUUUCCACUGCCUCUUUCUCUCCCACUGUUCAUCUCAUUAGCACUUUCUGGAAUAGAGUUGCAUUAGCUUAGUUCCUAUUGAUGCAUUUAAAUAGAAUCUAUUAUUUACUCCCAAACCAGUCAAUGACACCCAGAGAUGAGUCCAGCUCAUUAACACAACACCCUAAAAGUCUGUCUCCAGAGUUAUAUUUUAUUAUGAAUUGCCUUCCUCACAAAGCAUCGAGCAUAAUGAGUGUACAUAAGAGGUGUGAAUGACCCAAAUAUAAAAAUGCUUGUAAAGGUGAGUCAACGGUUUAGUGAUGCUGAUGAGUUUAAAACAGAAACUAACCAUGCAUGAGUGAAUUAUUCUGUAAAUAUCAAUCAUUGUAAAAUGGACUGAACAGUCGGGUUAGGCCCCUAGAGCUUUUGCACGAUUUGUAAAAGGAAUUUAUGAAGAGCAUUUUUGACAGAUUGCCUCCCAUUACAAGCUACAGUCAGUGUUAUGUUACAUUAUUAUAUAGGAUCAAAGUUAUUGUAACAAACUGACCUACGUUUAUAUGUAUGGUGUAAACGAAUUAUCCAGUUUGUGACUACAUGGCCUGCAUAUAGUGUUAUUUGUUGUUAAAACUCUUGUUUUCCAUAAAAACAUACAUGUGAAUGAAUUUGGGAAAUCCCGAGAGCUGCUGAAUGCAUCAGCCUGAUGAAAGGAAACGAGACGUUAUCAGAUCAUCACUCACCAUUUGGGUUGUACCAAAACUUUUUCGUUUUCCCAAACAUAAAAUUGUAGAUUUGUAUUUGACUUUAAUUAUAUUUUUUAAUUUGAAAUUCAAUUGAAUCAACUAUUUUCUUUCUGUAUUUAAUAAGCGUUCUGACCUGAAUAAAAUCCCCUCUCGUAUAUUAUCCAAUGCUAACUCUGGUUAGCACGUCUGGGCCGUUAUUCUCGUUAAUAACAGAACUAAUUCACUGGUUUUGGUGAUAGGUGUUGAGACUGUGCAGUCUGAAUCCAUCCAUCCAUCCAUCCAUCCAUUGUCUGAACCCGCUUGUCCAUGUAGGGCCGCGGGGGGGCUGGUGCCUAUCUCCAGCGGUCAAUGGGCAAUCAGGCGGGGUACAACCUGGACAGAGAGCCAGUCCAUCGCAGGGCAACACAGAGACACACAGGACAAACAAUCACACACACACACCUGAGGACAAUUUAGACAGACCAAUUAACCUAACAGUCAUGUUUUUGGACUGUGGGAGGAAGCUGGAGUACCCGGAGAGAACCCACGCAUGCACAGGGAGAACAUGCAAACUCCAUGCAGAAAGAUCCCAGGCUGGGAAGCGAAUCCAGGACCUUCUUGCUGCAAGGCAACUGCUCUAACCACUUCACCACUGCGCAGCCCCUGUGCAGUCUGAAUGUGGAACUAAAUAACUAACGGCGUGUUUCUGCAGAAACCUUCAGACCAAUUCUCACCUUUAUUUCAGCUCCACGUUUUUAUUUUUACACUGAAACAAAUUUCUUUCAGAAUUAUGUAAUAAGGACUCUUAUGUAGAUGAAUUAGAUUUGUACCUAUUUUUCAAAUGCUUUCUUUUCGAGUUUGUAAUGACGAAUGCACACACACCUUAUUACCAUCAAAGGUUCUUUGGACAUGGGACAGCUGCUUGAACUAGCUAUCAGGAUGUUCUAUGAAAGCUAAUUUGUGAAUGUGGACAGGUGGUUAUUGUAAACUUAGUUUAAUCUGAAGCUGCAGGAAUAUUACUUCCUGGUCAUAUCUUUAUAAUUUAAACUUGGGCGAUCUGAAUGAGGACUAAUGUUAAUAAACUAAAUGAACUUAAUAUUAGUACCUUUGAUCUAAAAACAACCUCUGGUUUUACUCUGGUGAGUAAAAAUCAACAUUUCACACAGUAAUGAAAACAGGGUUGUACUGUCCUUCAUGUUUAAAAUCUGAUCAUUUGACCCUUGUUUAACUCUUGAGUUCAUGUAAAAAAACAAAAUCUUACAGCUCAUUAAUUCUCAAGACUGGUCAAAACUCCACGUUUUAAUGUUUUAUUCUGUGCUUUUAUGCUUACAUCUAAAGUCUUUGGUUUACUGUCUGGUUUGUCAGUGGAAACUGUUUACUCUAAUUCCUCAGCGCUGUUUGAUGCUGAUCCCAUUACUUUUGGUUGAACUUUUGUGUGGUUUUUGUGGGGUAAAACGCGCCAGCGAGACACCAAACUUGAGCCUACAGUGCUGAUGUGUUUUCAGUGUCGACGCUGCGUGCCGUGGGGAACAAAAAAGAUCACCCCUGUGACGUUUUGCUUGCUGAAGCUCUGCUGUUGUGUUCAUAAAUGGUGUUAAAGCCUUAAACAGCCUCGUUACCCUUCUGUUGAUGCUGUCUGUGUAUCUGUGUGUCUUUUAUGCAGUGAGGUGUAAGUGUGGGUAAGCCUAUUUACCCUCGACUUCCAUUGUAUUGUUGCCUCUAUAAAGUGUGAGUUAAUAUUUGUUUUUGUUUACAUACGUUACAUAAAACAGUAACGGUCCAGACAUAAAGGGAAACAUUUGUAAUGUAAAUUGUCAGUUUUAUAAGGACAACCUUAAUUUAUUUAAAAAUAAAGAUAAAAUCUAGUUCAACAAAUCCAGGCCUGAUUUAUAAAAAGCGGGGCAUGUCAACAAAUCAACUGUCACUCAUUAUUUUUUUACAGCAACUGCCAUCUCCGCCACAUCUAAAACUUUAAACGGGUGAUCUGAGUUUCUGUGCCUGUGCAACAUUUGAGAUGGUGCUUUUGUCUGUGGAUCUAAAUGUGUCAGAUACUAUUUUUGUGAUGUUGUGCAUGAUAUUUAAGAUGGAAAUGACCACAAGAAGUUGUUCCCUCUGUGAAUUUAGGUACUGUUGUUUUCACCAGCAGCGUUCCUCUAAGAUGAGCUUGUGUAAUUAAGGCUGGACAUUUUUCCCCUGUAAACAUGGUUUUCUGUGUAAAAUAAAACUGUCACGUGAA